AUGGCGGAGACUCUGCUGGGACUGGAGGUCGCCUUCUAUCUCUAUCCCUGCGGCCUCUUUGUCACUUUACUGGCGGCGCAGUCCUUUCAAUUCUACCGGGACCGUCAUGGCGUCACGCGUCAGACCGCGACAGACGAUGAGCAGAAGAAAGCUUCGCGACUGUACGCGCGGAUAAUCUGGGGCUUUCAGCUCAUACUCGCUCUCUUACUCCUUGCCACCAUCAUCCUUGCCGUUCACGGCGCUAUUGCUGGCCAAUACGAUGGGACUGGCAAAGUCGUUUUCCCGUUCAGUGCUUAUCUGGCAUCCUACGUUGCCGUCUUAUUGUACUAUCUAGCUGGCCUACUUCCUGACCCUGAAGGCCCAUGGACGCCAACAUCGGCGCAUUUCUAUGCGUGGAUUGUAGGUGCGCUCUUUGAGGCCUUCAUCGCUGCCGUCUUUUCUUCUGAGAAGAACUCAUUCCGCGUCCACAAUGGUCUUCUCGAUAUUCUGGAUAUCGUGGCCGCUGUUCGAAUCGUUGUGCUGGUAGCGAUGAUGGUCUGUCUCAUUCUAAGAGACUACAAGCUGAAGCCCCUGCAACCCAAGUCGGACCCCGAAGAGAGACAGUCCCUUCUUGGGAAUGGAAAUGGAAACGGAAACGGAGCGUCUCACAACUACGGCGGCACCCACCCCCACGGACCUGCUGCUCACAAGCCUCCUGCCAGAACCCAGGUUUCGGGUACGGGAUGGCUUGACUACUUUGCUGGGUUCAGGGUUCUUUUCCCGUAUCUAUGGCCUAAAGACUCUCCGGUAUAUCAAGGAAUUGUGGUCGUUUGCAUCAUACUCCUGAUCGGUCAGCGGACUAUCAACGUUUUGGCGCCCAUUCAGCUCGGAACUCUUGUCGACUCGCUCGGCUAUGGCACCAUUCCUUACAAACAAAUUGUUCUCUAUGUCGUCUACCGUGCUCUCCAAGGCAACCAGGGCAUUCUCGGUGCCGCAAGGUCUGUCCUCUGGAUCCCGGUCUCUCAGUCACUCUUCCGCAGACUCUCCUGCGCUGCUUUCGAACACGUGUUGGGGCUUUCUCUGGAGUUCCAUCUGAACAAAAAGAUUGGAGAGGUGACCAGUGCCCUGAGCCGCGGUUCUGCGAUGAACACCUUCCUGGAGAACUUCUGCUUCCAAGUGUUCCCCAUGGUGUUCGAUAUCUUUGUCGCUGGUGUUGUCUUCUUUGCCAAGUAUGACGCCUUCUACACCAUUAUUGUGUUCUUCAUCAUGUGGUCGUACAUCUUCCUGACCAUCUAUGUGGCCAAAUAUCGCGGCAAGCAAAGAAGAGACAUGGCCACCAAGAAUCGCGAGAUGGAAGCUACCAAGACUGACGCCAUCAUGGCAUACGAGACUGUGCAGCACAAUUGCGCAGUUGUGCCCGAAACUGAGAGAUUCAAGGAACAUGUAGUGGUGUACCAACGCGCGGAACGGCUGGUGCAGUGGUCCCUCAACUUUCUCAACCUUACACAGAGUUCCAUUUUCUCUCUUGGCACUGCUUUGCUUGUCGCAGUCUCUGCCUACAAGAUUUCACGGGGCGAACAGAGUGUUGGCGAUUUCGUCAGCUUGAUCAACUACUUUGUACAACUGCAGGGUCCACUAAACUUCUUCGGAACUUACUACACCAUGCUGCAAAACAAUCUUAUUGAGGCAGAGCGAAUGCUGGAGCUGUUCAAAGAAACGUCUGGCAUUGUGGAGAAGCCCGACGCCGUCACCCUGCCCGCCGUCAAGGGAGAGGUCGCAUUCAACCACGUCAAAUUCUCUUACCAGAGCAAGAAGGGCGAACCCGCGAUCAACGGUGUCAGCUUCACUGUUGCCCCGGGCACCAAGACCGCCAUUGUUGGAGAGUCUGGCAGCGGCAAGUCAACCUGCCUGAAGCUUCUUUUCCGCUUCUACGAUAUCAAUGAAGGAUCAAUCACUGUCGACGGUCACGACUUGAAGGAUCUGAAGCUUGACAGCCUACGGAAGAACAUUGGCGUUGUGCCUCAGGACACUGUACUUUUCAAUGCGACUAUCAUGUACAACCUGCUCUACGCCGACCGGAAUGCCUCUCAAGCCGACGUAUACGAGGCAUGCAAGGCUGCCAAUAUCCACGAUCGCAUUCUCGCAUUUCCCGAUGGAUACGACACUAAGGUCGGAGAACGCGGACUCAAACUCUCCGGAGGCGAGCGACAGAGAAUUGCCAUCGCGAGAGCGAUUCUGAAGGACGCCCGCAUCUUGUUGCUUGACGAGGCCACGGCAUCUCUGGACUCGCACACCGAGAGGCAGAUCCAAGACGCCCUGGAGCGUGUCACUGCGGGUCGUACGACGAUCACCAUCGCCCACCGGCUCUCCACCAUCACCAAAUCCGAUCAGAUCGUGGUGCUCCACAAGGGAAAUGUCGUUGAGCGUGGCACGCACGCCGAGCUGUUGGCGCUCGGAGGCCGAUACCAUGCCAUGUGGGAGAAACAGACCACCACUGAGAAGAAGAAUAUUGAAAAGGUGGAGAAGGAAGGAGAGUCUUCGGAAACUGCAUCCCAGCAGUAA